AUGUCUUCUUUUAUUCGCAUAGACGACUAUGAAAGUUAUGAAAAACUGAAUAACGGUUUCACUACCCUCAACCAACACUCUAAUAAAAGAGUUCCAGACAAAGUUUCUGCUCCUAAUGAUAUUAUAUCUCACGUUCCUUCAACUCCUUUUUGCACCUCUACUAGUAAAAUACCUUCUACUCAUAUUUCGUCUUCUCAUUCUCCGAUUUAUGAAAUCAGACGAUCAAGAAGUUACUUUUUCGAGUUAGAUGAUCUACCUCCAAACACCAAUGAUCUUCAUUUUAAAAUUUACACAAAUGAUUAUCAUAUGAAAAUUUUACCUCGCAAAAUACAACAAAAAUUUUUCCCUUUUAUACGAGAUAGAUUAUUGGCUCGAAAAGAAAUGAUUUCAUCACGUGCUAAUAGUUCACGUGAGCGUAAUACUACGAUGCGUACUUUUUUCAACUUUACUUAUAAGAAAUAUCGUUUUUAUUUUGGAAUAUAUAUCCCUUGUUCUCAACAACAAUCACUGUCACCAUUUUAUCCUUUGUGUGAAGAAUGUCAUGUUCCUAGCCCCUUUGUUAUGUCUCAUUGCAGACGACAUCAGGCCAUCACCUCAACUACUAUAGUUCUGGCCAAUAACAAAGGCUCACAUGCUAAUCUUUUACAUGAUAGAUGGAACUGCAGAAAGAAAAAAGCUAUUAUAUCCCAACGACUGGGUAUCAGUUAUAAGGAAUCUUAUCUUGCUCGUACCAAAGGUUCGGUAAUACAUCAUGCAAAUAAGCAUAUGUAUCGUAAACGGCUGGACACCUUCUCAAUCACUCAAAAACAUAAUCGCCUUGAUACAAUGAGGCAUAGACUCAUCACCGCUCAACGCUACCGCUUUUUAUUUUUACCUUCACAAUAUAUCUACAAGCCGAUUAAGCAUCUUCAAUACACCCAUGGUAUUGACUAUCCUGACUAUGGAUUUAAAAUUCCUUAUAAUCAAGACGCUUUUAACAUUCCAAUUCACACGGUGGAACCGUAUAACCCUACUCUGUCUGGGUUUUUUCCAUCAAAAUAUAAGGAUAUUAUUCCUAAAGAACCGAUUUAUACCGCUACAGGUGACUUUAUUAUUCCUGGAUCUCGCGAAUGGUUUACCCAUAUGUAUAGGUUGGAUUGUGCACGUAAAGCUGCGCCUCCCUCUCCAGUAUUAUCUCUUGAUGAACGUAGAAAUUUACUUCAAAAAGAAGCCGACCACAUCGGUGACUCAAUUAUCGAAAAAGAAAAGCAGGCGGAAGAUAAUAGUAAGUUUCAACUUCGACUUCACCAAGAAAUGACCGCUUUCAACGAUACCUUUAAUCUUGGCAAACGCAUUGCCGUUGUUACACCUGAGACAAAAGAUGAACUUUACAUACCUUACCAAUAUGGAGGGUUUUAUAUUGAUAAUCCUUCGCAAGAAGAUUCAAAGUGCGUCACUUCUGAUGAUUCCAAAGAAAUUGAAAGACGUCCGUAUAAACGUCUUACCACAUCACAGUUCGCUCCGCUACCCGUGAAUAAUCAUAUUGAUCGCUUAAAACGAAGGCGUAACAUUCCUGCUGAUACUGUCGACUCUUCAGAAGCAGGUCCUUCAGGUUCCUCUACUAACAAUUAA